AUGUUCAUUGCGAUAAUUGGAACGCGAUCAUCCGGAAGGUCCACGCUCGAGAGUUAUCUGGUAGAACUGAAAGGGUUCACUCCCGUCCGCCUCGAGCCUGAGUCUCCCGCCUCGGACACUCCCGCAUCUGACACAGAUUUGUAUCGCUGUAAUCCCCUGAGCUUCUCCACGCCUACUGAACUGCUAGACCAUGUCACGCGCAACUGGAGGACGGACUUCGUUACAGUAGACCUUGUCUCUAAAGAUGUCCUGGAAUCCUUUGCAAAACGGCCGUUCUUCGUGGUCAUCAAUGUAGAUGCCCCGCUGCAUAUCCGCUUCGAACGCGCGGCGCGAUCCCUUGACAAAGCGCUCUCGCUAGAGGACUUCGUCAGGGACCAUGACGAACAGUACUAUGGAACGGCACCAUCUGCGUCGCAACCAACGUGGUCUUUGAUUGAUUUGCAUGGUCUCGUCCAUCUUCAUGUCGUCAAUUCAUUCGAAACUAUUUCUGCGUUCUAUACGUAUCUCGAUGGCCUCGACCUGCUAGACGGAGAACGCCUGCGGCCGGGAUGGGAUGCUUACUUCAUGCAGCUGGCGUCGCUAGCCUCUCGAAGAUCAAAUUGCAUGAAGCGCCGAGUGGGUGCAAUUUUAGUCCGUAACGAGCGUAUCCUCGCAACGGGGUACAAUGGCACCCCGCGCGGCUUGGCGAACUGCAACGAAGGUGGCUGUGAUCGUUGCAACUGCGCGAAUGAAACAUCGCAUGAAUGCAUCUGUCUCCAUGCCGAGGAGAACGCGCUAUUAGAGGCCGGAAGAGAACGUAUUGGCGAUGGCGCUGUCCUGUAUUGCAAUACCUGUCCAUGUCUAAAAUGCACGGUCAAGAUCAUUCAGACGGGUAUCAAGGAGGUUGUGUACAAUCUGAGUUACAAGGUAGAUGAUGCUUCAACUGCAUUGUUUGAGCAAGCAGGAGUGCUACUUCGAAGGCACGCAAUGCCAGACUAG